AAGAGAUUUACCAUAAAAAAAUAAUAAUAGCAGUGAAAUGUUCAUUAUUAUAUCAUUGACUAUGGCACCAAAAACUGAAAUUUAGCAUGAAGUUAGGUAUUAGUGCAUCAAGACACUCCAUCAAAACAAAGUCUAAAUAUAGCACACGCUAAACGUGAGGUGACUUGUAAAUAUUUCAUAACAACUCCUGGGUUAGCUAUUGCUUCAACUCUCUGAAUUGUUUACAAAAACAAGCGAUGCACUAAAGAUGGAAACUUGUGUUGAAAUAUCACGUCAGAUCGCUUCUUUGGAAUCAGAGAAAAACAAUGUUUACAAGAAAUCUUUUACAGAUGCUUUGAGAGAAAAAUACGGCAGUGGCGAUCAAGACUGUAUUUACAUUGUUGAUGGUGUCUUUAUCAACCUUGUUGUAGGCAGGUCGCCUUCCAAGAACGGUUCCGACGCCGAGUUUGCCCACCUUCGUAAUGUGGUCUUAAGCCAAUAUGAAAUUGACUAUGCUGGGAUCCCCAUCAGAGGUUUGAGUGCCCUUUGUCCUAAUGUUAUUGACCUUGACUUGUCUAGCAAUUUGUUAUCAUGCUGGUCAGAGAUACUACCUCUUAUUGCACAAUUACCUUGUUUAAAGUUUGUCAAUCUCAGCCACAACAAGAUAAACAAUCACAAUCAUUAUAUUCAAAACUGGCAAGCCAGGUUACCUAAUUUAGAAAAUCUAGUGCUGAAUUCCACCAAUGUAAAAUGGGAAGAUGUCGUCCAAUUGUGUGGACACCUACCUGCGCUGAAAGAUCUACAUUUAUGUCAAAAUGGUUACACGGUAUUGGAUUGUACGCAUCUGGACAAAAUACAGCGGGUGCAAUCUAUAUGGAUGAAUGAUAACUAUAUAAACAGUUGGUUCGAGAUAUGGAAGUUGCGCUAUCUGCCAAAUUUGAAAUCUCUUGUUUUAUCAGGAAAUCCUGUGGAUGAAUUGUUUUAUCAUUUUGAACAAUUAGAAGAAACUAGUUAUUCCUUUGAAACUCCUGAGAAGCAGGAGGUAUUCUCCGAAGCAAGUUCUCCGCGUGAAACCAAAUUGAAAUCUUCCAAUGUUCGUAGAAAACUUCUCAUGGACAAUUCUGUAUCUUGUGGGCAGUAUCUUGGUGUAUUUAAUGAUAUUACUGAGAAGUGUCAUUCUAGAUCCCAGAAUGAAGAAUUCACAGUUAUCAGCUGCAAAACCUGGUCAGAUUCUGACUGUCUUCAGGAUGUUGAAAUGAAACAAGACUGUGAAGAAAAUCAGAUGGAAUCUGAGCCUAUUGAUAUCAACUACAAAAAUGUGAUUUAUUCUGAUUCAAGCAAUAGUUCUUCUAAACAGGAGAUUGAAGAAACAUUAGAAGUUUCCAGUUGUGAAAGUCCACGGUUCAAUGAUUCUGGUUGUGGUAGCAGUAUUUCUUCCAGUUUUAUCAUAAAUGAAGAGGACUAUUUAUGUGACCAAAAAGUAUUAGGAAGACCCUUUGAGAAAUUACACACUUUGUGUCUUAGUAAAACAUCAGUUAACGGAUGGGAUCAAGUAGCACAACUUAGAAAAUUCCCUGCAUUAAAAUCUAUUCGCUUGAUGGAUAUUCCAUUUUUAUUGGACAUUUCAUCUGAAGAACGAAGAAAACUUUACAUUGCCAGUUUGCCAAAUAUUUCAUGCCUCAAUGGCAGUGAAGUGACCUUAACAGAAAAAGAAAAAGCCGAACGACAAUUUUUGCGAUAUUAUUGUGAGAAGAUUGAUAAACCUAUUUGGUUUUGUGAACUGGAAGCUAAGCAUGGGAAAUUGAAGCCACUGGUAGACAUUGAUCUUGGUGCCCGAUAUCAAAGAUGGGCCAACAUCAUUUUCAUCUACAAUGGUUUAGAAAUCUUCUCUGAAAGACUUCAUGUUGUCCAGUCUGUUGGUAAAUUACGUAAACACAUUGCCAAAUGUCUUUCACUAUCACUGAAGUAA